AUGAGCCACCACCAUGGCUAUGGUUCAUACAACCGGUAUGACUCGGACGAUCAGCAGGAUGCUUAUAGCCACACUGGUUCGGAUGAACAAGGUGGCUUAGCAAACCCUUACGGUCAAGACGACCACGAUGAUUCAAACAACCAAAACGCUGAAUAUCUCCAGAAAGUUGAAGAAUGCCUUGCUUAUUACGGUGAUCCCGACACUCAAGCGGCAUAUCAACAGGUUGCGCACGCAGCUAGAGAUACACUGCAGGAUCUCCUCAAAGAUACCGGCACCAAAGGCGUGGUGACCUGCAGAACCAAAGCCUAUGAGUCGCUGGAGACUAAGCUCAGAGGCAUGGAGAGUGACUCCGAGUUCACUUCCUUUGCGCUCAACAAUGACAUCUUUCAGCACAGCGAUAUGGGAGACCUUGCCGCUGUUAGGAUCGGGCUAUAUUUACCGCAAGAUGUAAUCAACAUGGCAAAAGAGUGCCAGCAGCGGUUUAACGUUGCCCAUCUCUUUGGCACCGUUGGUAGCGGUAGAGAUGCUCCACAGGGAGAUCGACUGAAUCUCGAGGGUCAUUCAAGAGGGCCAUGGCGGUCACAAGAUCAAUAUGGGUCCGAUGAAUACUGGCACCAUUCGGGAUACAAGUCUUGGCAGAUGGUGGUCGACUGGGAGGGAGGGUUUCGAGUCGAGAUACAGAUUGGAACAGUCGUUUCACAGGCUUGGGCCGAAGUUCAGCAUAACAUCAUCUACAAAAGGCCAGACGACAUCAUGUCAACUCCAACCAUGAAGCGAAUGAUUGAUGCAAUCAAUGGUUUGGCAAUUACCACCGAGAUCAUUCUCAGCGAGCUCGAACGGAACGUCGAGACAGCAAAGCAAGAGGAAAGGCUGCGACGCGACACAGAAAAGCAAUAUGACUACCAUCCAAUCACAGAAAUCGACGACUUCUUCACGUGGUUCGAAGUGUCAUAUUGGUACAAAAUGCCUCAAGCCUUGGCUCUACGUUGGGAACCUGACGCCAUCUCUGUUCAGAAACUUGUUGAGUUUUGCUCGAAUCCCCGAAGACGAUGGGGUCUUGCUCCUGAUAUGAGCCCUUACCGAGGUAUGGACUUCAAAAGGAUGAUUGAGGAGAAUAAUUUGUUGCAGACCAAUCCGCUGAGCAAUGAUAAGUGUGAUAUUGCUUAUCUGCUCUUGUGUCAGAUUGUGGAUGAUCUUGGGAUCCGGGAGGAAUUUCAUGCGAAAGAGGCGGAGAGUCGGUACUGGGAUUCUGUGCCUCAUCAACCAGGCUGGAGUCGAUGA